UCAGCCGGUAGUAAGUCGGUGUUUGCCAGUGACUGCCAUCCCUUAAAUCCUCAGGACCCCUGCAUUGUCAACCUCGUCCUCACAUCUGUAGCCUACAUUUAUUAUGACACGGUGCGAUGAAGCGGAAAGUAAACGGCAUUUAGGAGUAGUCUACAUGACAGCUGAGCAACAGGCAACUGGGCUGCAAACUCACUGAAGGCUCAUCGGCUUUGGAGGAACUGUUGCACAGAAUCCCGCUGCGAUGUCCCUGCUGUGUGUCAGAGUGAAGAAAGCGAAACUACACGGGCCUCCAGACAAGUUCAACGCCUACGUAACUUUAAAAGUGCAAAAUGUGAAGAGUACCACCAUCACAGUCCGAGGGGGUCAGCCGUGUUGGGAACAAGAUUUCAUGUUUGAGAUCAAUCAUCUGGAGUCAGGUCUGGUGUUGGAGCUGUGGAAUAAAGGUUUGAUCUGGGACACUAUGAUCGGCACAGCACUGAUACCCCUGGACACCAUUCGACAGUCUGACGAGGAGGGACCAGGAGAGUGGACGUCGCUUGACUCUGAGGUUUUAAUGAGGGAGGACGAGAUCUGUGGUACCAGCAACCCAACUCCACACCAAGUGCUGCUGGACACCCGCUUCGAGCUGCCUUUUGAUAUCCCAGAAGACGAGGCUCAGUACUGGACCAGUAAACUGGAGCGGAUCAACACCAUGCGGAUACAUGACGAGUAUCCACUGCAGGAAGAGGUCCAGAGAAGACAAAUGGCAUCUGUUCCCUCUCAGUGCUGCAGUUGGAGUUAUUUUGGAUGGAAUGACCAGCAGACUUUUGAUGACCACGACAGUGCAGUGGAUGACCGUGAUAGUGACUACCGCAGUGAAACUAGCAACAGACCUCCACGGUUCCACAACACCUCCCAGACAAAUUCAUCAGUGCACCAGUACCCUAUAGGACGCAGGGUCCAACAUCAAACCCUGUCAAGGGAGGCUGACUCUAUACAAAGCUAUGAGCUAGACUAUAGAGAAAUAAGGGGGCCCAGGCGAUCAAAUAGUCAGGGUGGAGUAAAAAUAAUCCCCGUUGACUCAGGAAUGGGUGUGGAGGAUUGGGAGAAUAAAUAUAAAGUGCCUGACUCAGGUGUCUUGGAUGAUUACUUGGACGCUGAGCAGAAAAUGUGGGAGGACGAAGAUAAAAGCAUCAUCUACCGGAUCAGUGACAACCCUUGUGAGUCCAAAGGUAGCAGGUUCUAUCAGACAGUAGAAUGUGAUGCACUAUCCCCUGAAGAUACGGAGGAGGCGAAUGACAGGCCUUACAGACAGAGGAAAGGCUUUUGUAGUGGAGAAGUGCGGUUAGUUUAUAAGGAAGCCGGCAGCUUUGAGGAUGAAUCGUCCCCUCCUGAGAUUGAUAUAAUUCCCUCUGUCAAGCAGCUACAACAGCAGACAGACAGAAAAUGUCUACUUUACAAGACCAGACUGUGGGCCAAAACUGCCUUAGAGGACACACUUGAGAACUAUGCGGCUUUUUGUGAUGACGAGGCUGCUCGGGAAGAGGCUGCAAGGAUCAGGGAGAGGGUUGAAUAUGGCUCUAUUGGUUCGGAUGAGAUGCAGUAUUCCUUUGGAUCUGAGGAGGAACUAGAUGACCUGACAUUCACUGAGGGGGAUGCUAGUUAUGAAUAUGAAAAUUACUACUACACUAGCAAAUAUAUAUCACCUUUUGGAGGACAAGGCUAUUCAAGCAAAGGGAGAACAGGUCGUGGACAAGAUCCAAUGUCUCCUGAAGAGGAGCAAAGGGAUGAAUAUGUAGAUGCAAUGGAUGAACUUCAUAGCUUAGUUCACUCAGUGUCUGAAUACCUGGCCGUAAAAGAGGAGGAAAUCAACAACUAUGAAUCAAUGCCUAAACCAAUUAGAAGAAAACUCCCAGCACUGCCAACAGAUGCUGCAAUUGUACAAACUGGGGACAGUAAUAGCAUUGAAGCCAAACCUGAAGUUAAAGAGGACAGUGCUGUUGAACAGGGCAUAGCUGGAGUAAAGAAUGCCAUGAGUUCAUUAUUCAGUACAAUCACAGGAUCAAAGUCUACAACUGAGGUAGAGGCCUCUGCCACAACUUCAUCCCCCCAACCACCACAGGCAGACUCUGGUAUUUUAAAACUGCUCUCUUUAAUCCCUAAAGCUAGUACUGAAGCCACAGAUACCUCUGGUACCACUGAAACAGAUCCACCUACCUCCCAAGCAUCACCCCAACCUGUGUCUGGUAUUUCAAAGCUGCUUUCAUUUAUCCCUAAAAGUGGUGGUACUUCCCCUCCAGUAGCCAUAGUUCCUCCUGCCCCUCAGGAGCCCACAACAGAAAAAAAGUUCUCCCUUCAGUCUCUUUUGCCAUUUCAAACCAUUGAAUCCAGUCAGCAAGCUGACAUUGGUCAAGGGCCAACACACAUUGGCACAGAGGCACAAGGCAGUGCAACCACUGCUAUUCAAUCUACAUCUGGGUUUGAAUCCAUGUUGGGAAGGCUUAGUCCUUUGAGACUUUUUUCCAGUUCACCGUCAUCUAGAGAUCCAUCACCUCAGCCAUCAGAGCAAAUAAGUGCAUCUGCUACAAGCAAUGAAUCCCAACAAGGGUCUGUAAACAGAUCCACAAGUCCUAAUAUAGAGGGCUCUCAAACACAGCAACAGUUAUCAGGUGAGACGAGACCAGGUUCGGGAAGUGGAUCAGUUGAUCUUUUGCCAGAUACAGGAAGUGGAUCAAUUGAGCUUUUGCAAGAAACCGGAAGUGGGUCAGUAGAGCUUCUUCCAGAGACAGAGUCAUCAGGUGAGCUACCUGAUAUUCAGCAAAGAAGAACUCAUGCAAUAUCUGAACCAAAACCUGAAAGCAGUUCAGAGGAAACAGGAUUCUUCAGUCCUUUUAGAAAUUCUCUCUCUAACCUCAUAUCAGCAGUUCCUCCUGAGAAUUCCUCACAGACUGAGAUAAAGCCUGCAGAGGAGUCAUUUUUAGGCGGCAAACUCAAAAUUCCAUUUCUCUCUUCUGAAAAUAGUUCCACAACAACCCCACCAAAAACAGAAGGAGGCAUGCUAUCUGGGUUUCUUAAAUUUGCAUCUGGUGAAGAUGCCAAUGCCCCGCCAAAAAGUCCAUCCCCCAGCCCUGCAAGAACUCCCUCUCCAAGUCGGGCUGCACUUUUUGAAAGUCUACCAAAAGGAAACACAGAAACUGGAUGGUUUUCAAACCUGUUUAAGGUAGCCCCAAGUGAACCUGCUAAGGAACCUGCAAAACUACAAAUGACUCCCACCGUGAUGCUAACCAAAGCUAGUGGUCAAUCUGAGCCACAUACUGAACAAAUGGUUCCUAAAACAAAGGAAAGCACUGUCUGCAGAAUAGAACUAUUGUCUCAUGAGCAAACAUUGUCUGAAAAUGAUCCCCAAUGCAAGACAGAUGUCCAGCCUGAAGCAGAUGUCGCAUCUAAAGAUCAAGUUCUGCCAAAGCCUGUGGAACAUGCCAGAUCACAACCACAAGCCUCACAGGCUCAAGGAAUUAUUUCUGGAUUGUUGAAACUCGGAUCAACAGAAGACAUGUUGUCUGACAAGAAAGCCCAGGGAGGGGAUAAUCAGCCUCAACAAGGUGGGCUAUUUUCAGGCCUAUUUUCAUCACCUUCCCAGUCACCCCAAACACAGAAUUCUUCCGCAACAGGAGGACUGUUGUCUGGAUUUUUAAAAUUUACCUCUGAUAAUGUUUCUGCUCCUACAAAUCAGUCACUGUCAACAUUGCCAGGAGGCCAAUCUGGCCAAAAUCCAACUAAAAGGCAAGGACAACCUGCUGCUGCACAGCCACCAACUGGAGGACUCUUAUCUGGGCUCUUGAAAAAAGCUACAGACACAGUAACAGUGUCUCAACCAACUCAGUCCGAGUCACAAGCAGAUGCAGCUGACCAUACAGCCAAAACAGAAGUACCUGAAGAAAACGUGAGUCAAAGGACUAUUCCUUUUAUUCAGUCAGCAGGGAAUUUGUCGGGAUUGAUUACAUUGGGUUCAACAGAAGCACAUCCCCCUAACCAGCAACUAAGACAGCCUAUAGUCUCAGAUCAACAACCAAACCAACAGCAACAGCCUAACCAAACAACAGAAAAACUACCUCCAAAAGCAACAGCAACAAUGCCUCAACCUAGUGGAUUGUUUGGGAGUUUGUUGAAACUUACAGAAACUACUUCACAGCCACCAAAAGGGCCUUUGUCUACACAAUCUACACAACCAAAUCAGCAAUCAGGUAACAUGCUGUCAGGACUUUUUAACAAGAUCGUGGAACCUAAUCCUACUCCAUCUCAGAUACAAUCAGAGUCUGGUGCUCAAGAGACUAACCAAAAACCAGUGCAGCAAGCAUCUGCUCAACAAGGAGGCUUCUUCUCUGGUCUUUUUGGAAUUGGGGGCCAAGACUCUGCUCCUGCAAACCCUGGCCAGAUCUCACAAAACCAGCAACAAAGUGGCAAUUCUGGGCACCAACCUAAUCACCAACCAGGCAAUAGACAAAACCUACAACCGCAAAACCAAGUCCCUCCACAACAGCCCACCAGUAGUCCUGGAGGGAUGCUUACUGGAUUAUUAAACAAAAUUGCCGAUGCAGGCACCCCACAGUCUACAGUGGGGAGUCAACCAGAGAAGCAACAGGCUCAAAGAGCAGGCCCUAAGAUGACCCAGCAACCACCUAAUCAACAGGUAGGCUUCUUCUCUGGGCUAUUAUCAGCAGGUCCUACUCCUCCAGCACAGCAGCAGCCACCUGUUAGUCAUGCCAACCAGCAGCAACCCCAACAAGGUAACAGACAGCCUCUGCGGAGGCAAAAUCAGAUACGUCCACAACCGGCUGCCUCUGCCCCAGAGCCACAGCAGGGUGGACUAUUUUCAGGGCUUUUUAAUAAAUUAGCAUCUACAGAUAAUGCACCACAACAGCCCACACCCCAGACUGUGUCUCAACAGGGAAAUAAAUUAAACAUUAUUGGACCUGCUCAAUCUUCAGGUCAACAAUCGUCUCAAGCCAGUCAGCAAGGUGGAUUCUUGUCUGGUCUGUUUGGUCAGACAUCACCUCAACUGCAGCAACAGCCUGGCAAAAGUACAAGCCCUCAACAUACAGCAACUCAACAGCCUAGUCAAAGUGGAGGCUUGCUUUCGGGAAUUCUGAAACUUGCAUCUGGUGAAAAUGUACCACAGGAACAACAGUCACCUCAACCUGCUCAGGCAGGUCAACCAUCUGUUAAAUCAGGGCAAAAUCCAGCCCAGUCUGAAUCAGGAGGAUUAUUCUCUGGACUGAUGAACAAAAUGUCAGGUACUGUGGAACAGUCAUCAUCACCACUUGAUCAGGUGAACCCUCAAACAACACAGCAACAACAUCAGCCACGUGCAGGACAGGGGCGACCACAAAUUCAGAGAACCAAACCAGUAGAGAUGCAUUUGUCUCAAGAUGUGGCCACAGAUAAGGAUUCAAAAGGUCCAGCUCAAAAAGGUUUCCUCGCAGGCCUUUUUAGUGUCACAGAGGAGCCAUUGUCAAAGACACAGCAGCCAUCAACCCCUCAGCUUGGGAAGAAGGAACCAAAAACGAACACAAGUAGCACGUCGACUGGUUUGUUAUCCAGCAUUUUCAAAACAGACCCCAAUGACAGUAGCACUUCUGCUCCUGAAAAGGAAACUGAAAAAAGCCUUCCUGGUAAUUUAAUACCAAAGAGUAAGGAGGAAAUCCCUUUAAGUACAGGAACACUCACAACUGCUGUUGUUACAGCUACUCAAGUUGUUGAUAUCUGUAAUGAACCUCUGCAAUAUCAGGUUUGGCAAGAUCCUACAAUUUCCCCAACACAAUCUUAUCUUGAGGAAAUUCAACGUCUCUUGUAUGGGACAGCCCAUGAGUAUGGUUAUAAGGAUCUUUUAUUCAACUUUACAGAGCAUGGUGUUAUCCCACCAGAGCUCUAUGAGCAUCAGUGUCUCAUAGAAGCUCUUCUGUGGCAGCAACUCAAUGAUUAUGCCCUUGCUGAAGCCCUUGCCACUCAAGUUCAGGAAUGCUCCCAAACAUGCCAAGGCAAUAUACCAUCAACUGUUAGAGCACCUCAAUUGGAGAAUCAUAUUAGAUUAAAUAAUAUAGAAAUGGACAUCAGUGACUUCAAUGUACCCUCACAUCCCUGGAGGGAUGCUGCUGUCCAGAUUUUUGAGAGCAGAAAUCGUUUUCUUGAGCCAGAUGAAGAUAUUGUUUUGUUUGACAUGAGUUGCAGAGACAAGAAACCCUGGAGUAGCUGUGACCAUUUGAAGGAUCUUGAUUGGAAAAGAAAACCUUGGAUUCUUGAAAGUAGUGCUCUGAAUCUUUCCAUGGAAAAAACACAAACACGGUUAAAUAGACGUCAUUCGCUUGCAGAAUGCAGUGUACAGGAAUUCAGCAAAGUAGUGGAAAAAAGUGGUGUUAGUAGUGGCAUGAAAGAUGAAGACUUUGGUUUGAAAUCAGCAACUGAGUUUUUAAAACAACUUGCCAAAAAAAAGGGUCCAAUGGAUUUAACACGUGGUGCUAUGGAUUUAAGCAGGUCUGCAGGAACUACAGGGGAUGCAGAUGAUGAAAUGCUCUUUGAGGAUUCUGAGUGGUAUCAACAAUGGCUUUCACUAUUGGAGCAAGGGUUGUGGUGGCCAGCUGAGGCUGGGGACUGUGGAUAUUAUGUUUAUACAGAUGAGGAAUACAUUUAUUCCCUCUUAACUGACAGAGCUGGUGGACACCUCUAUGCCUGUGCUGAUCCAGAGGAUUUACGAGCUCUUGGAAAUAUCACUGAAAAUUGUGCUAACAUUAUGAAACAGAAAGAAAACGACAAAGUAACUCUUUGUGGUUUUAAAAUCCCCCUUGGCGCUGAAAAUAAUGGUGCCGAAGAUAAUGGUUUCUCAACUUCAGGCAAGCAACAUAAUAAAUUAGUGCUUUCAGAUGCACCCAUGGAUCUAACUUACGCCCUAAGAAAAGGUGAAAAAAUAAUGAACAUGAAUUUGGAAAGUUUCUCUCAAAUGUUUCAAGAAUCUAUAACUUAUCAAGCAGAUCAGCCUGUAGACUUUAGUGUGUACAAGCUUAAAAAGAUUAAGGUGGAAUCGGUACAAAAUGGCAAUAGCUGUCAAGAGGAGCCAAUGGAGGCAGCUGAUCUAACUUUUAAGUCACUGAAAGGGGGGCAUGGAGGGCCAUACUGGAAAAAUCAGGGGAUAAAAGAUGUGCUUACACUGUCACCUGCAUCUUCUUCAAGGUGCUUUUCUACACAAAUCUCUCCAAACAGACAUUACCCAAUUCCUGAAAUCAGGAUUGCACAAGUCGGUGAUACACCUGCAGAUCAACUAAACAAGUCAAGCUCCAUAUUUUCAGCCAACAGAGGAAUCACUGGAAUGUCUCCCAACACUGAUGCAAGUAAAGCUGAUUUACUUCCAUCCUCAACACCUGCUACAUCACCAUCAGUGUCUAGCAAGGUUUCAAAUACUUCUACAAUUUCCAAACAUCUUCCUGAGACACCAUCAGCUUCAAAAAUACCAGAAAGUGUAAAGUUGGGAAGGAAACUGCCUACACCACCAACUGUUACUAAAUCCUCUCCAGCUCUUUCAGCACAGGCAAUUUCUGUUAGAAGUUUAACCACUACAUCUAGUACAACUGUGGCUGUGCCUUCAAUUUCACAACAGAGACCCCAGCUUGCAAGGCAGACAUCUCAGGCAGAAAAACCCAGACUAUUAUCACAAGCAAAUAAGACUACAGUCACAGGGAUGUGUGACAUUAGCCAAGUAAGCAGUAGUUUAGCAGUGGACCAAACAUCCUCCCUGUCCUCAAAGCAGCCACAAGAUUCAUCUCGGAAAUGUACACCUCAGUUACAUAUACUGAAUGACAGCUCAAUUAAUGAAGCCCACCUUUACAAAAGAAAUAAUAACUGUGGCACUCCUACUGAACCUCAAAUAGCCAAUAAGGUUCUAGAUUUCUCUGCCACGAUUAAUAAAAACAAAAAUAUCAAAACAAAAGAUGUAACAGAUACCAAGCUAGAAUCUACACAAAAAGAUGAAGUUGUUGACUUUACAAAGUACAAGUUGAAAAGAUUUAAAGAAAAAAAUCAGAUAGAUACUAAUGCAAGUGUGUACUUGACUGACAAGACCAUUGCUGUAGAUCUUACUAAACAGAUUGAGGAAGAAGAAAUUGAAGGGCCUGAUUUAGAAUAUCCCACUCUGGGCACAUUACAGCAAAGUCCAAGUGUUUCAAUUCUGAGAACAAUUUCUCAGACCAACUAUAUGCCAGUUGAUCCACAAAGCAAAUUGGAGAGUAGAUUGUCCAGUCCAAAGGUUAGAGUUGGCCAUACCUUUUUUACCAUGCCUAUCCAAAGACCACUAGCCUCCCAUAGUACCUCUAUAAGUGGGACAAACCAAACUGAUGUUACAGCCUCUGGCAACGUUGCAUUAGACAUUUCAUCCAAACCUUCAUUUACAUCGUCUGAAGAAUUACCAAAGAGUUCUGACACUCAGGUAAAGUUAUUAACAACAAGAAGCUCUUCAAUUACCCAUAUUUCCUGUAAAGUAUCUAGCUUUGAUGGAGGUCUCAAAACCCCUGAAAAAAUUGGAUCACUGCAACCUGUAUGUACCGCACCAUUGGUAAGCCCGGUUAUGACAAAACAAGUGGACUGUCAGGUUCAGCAACUAAAUUCUUCAUUCAAUGUGCAUCUAAAGAUGCCCACCCAAAGCCCACCAAUAGUUACAACUUGUUUUAGACAGGAGAUUCCUGUUGAUACUAAGAAAGCAAUUUUAACACCUCACUCUUGUCAGUCUAGUGGAAAGGCUCGGCAAUAUCAAGAGACCACAGCACCAGCAAACUCAAUUACAGCUACCUUAGAUAUGUCUGCCAAGACAACAACCCAGCAGGUUGCACAAACUGUUGUGGAUCCUGUCUGUGAGGCACUGUCAUUGACAAAGAGAAAAACUUUAAUUUCUGAGGAGACACAAACAAGUACUAGUCAUCAUGAAUCGAUUGACUUGUCAUAUAGUGGGGAAUCAACAGAGCCUCAGGGACAAACAACAGAGGAUAUUCAUUCACUACCUGUUGAGGAAUAUCAUUCUCAUACUAUUACAGGCAAUCAGGUAAAAUUAUCUGUUAGACAAAACGAGAUUCCCUCUGGUAGUAGGAGAACAUUGUUAUCAAGACAGGAGUCUCUUUUAGGUCAGUCAUCUGAUUCCCUUGAAAUGUGUAAACCAGCUCAACAAGCCACAGCCCCAGCCAAUACAGUUAAGGACACACUAGACAUGACUUGUAAAUCUUCUGUCAAAUUGAAGGUGAUUCAGGAAGUAAGAACAGAUGACAUUCUUACUGAAGCUAUACCACUAACAAGAGGCAAGCCAAGUGCCCGUGAACUUGCACGAAAAUGUUCCGUUGGUGUACCACUAGUUGUAGAUAUCCCUUCUGAAGAACCUCUUGGUGAAGUUAAGAUCAGCUCCCAUGCAAGUGCACAGCAGGAGUUUGAGAAUAAGACUCGAUGCCACUCAGAUUCUAUUCUAUAUCAACAACAGUAUUGGCAGAGAAAACCUGGUGUCUUUGAACAGUCAAAUCACUCAACAUUACAGUCCUCAGCCACUGUUCAAACACAUCAGAUAUCCACUUCAACAAAACCAAGACAGCAGUCUCUUUUAGGUCAGUCUUCUGAAUCCCUUGAAAUGUGUAAACCAGCUCAGCAAGCCACAGCCCCAGCUAAUACAGUUAAGGCCACACUAGACAUGACUUCUAAAUCGUCUGUCAAAUUGAAGAAGGUGAUUCCGGAAGUAAGAACAGAUGACAUUCUUCAUGAAGCUAUACCACUAAUAAGAGGCAAGCUAAGUGCCCGUGAACUUGCACGAAAAGAUUCCGUUGGUGUACCACUAGUUGUAGAUAUCCCUUCUGAAGAACCUCUUGGUGAAGUUAAGAUCAGCUCCCCUGCAAGUGCACAGCAGGAGUUUGAGAAUAACACUCGAUGCCACUCAGAUUCAAUUCUAUAUCAACAACAGUAUUGGCAGAGAAAACCUGGUGUCUUUGAACAGUCAAAUCACUCAACAUUACAGUCGUCAGCCACUGUUCAAACACAUCAGACAUCCACUUCAACAAAACCAAGACAGCAGUCUCUUUUAGGUCAGUCUUCUAAAUCCCUUGAAAUGUGUAAACCAGCUCAGCAAGCCACAGCCCCAGCUAAUACAGUUAAGGCCACACUAGACAUGACUUCUAAAUCAUCUGUCAAAUUGAAGAAGUUGAUUCUGGAAGUAAGAACAGAUGACAUUCUUCAUGAAGCUAUACCACUAACAAGAGGCAAGCUAAGUGCCCGUGAACUUGCACGAAAAGAUUCCGUUGGUGUACCACUAGUUGUAGAUAUCCCUUCUGAAGAACCUCUUGGUGAAGUUAAGAUCAGCUCCCCUGCAAGUGAACAGCAGGACUUUGAGAAUAAGACUCAAUGCCACUUAGAUUCUAUUCUAUAUCAACAACAGUAUUGGCAGAGCAAAUCUGGUAUAUUUGAACAGUCAAAUCACUCAACUUUACAGUCGUCAGCCACUAUUCAAACACAUCAGACAUCCACUUCAACAAAACCUGUCUCAGCUGCAGCACUGGAUAUGUCGCCCAAGCCAUCCCAAGCCACACUGGAAACAACAAUGCCAGAAUAUGAGUCUACUCAAAGUGAAGCAAUUUCGCUUGUUAAUAAGCCAAGUGCAAGAGAAGUUGCCAGAAAUGAUUCAGUUGGUAUUUCCCUGGUAGUUGAAUCCACCCCACUGGAAUCAACAUGCCCGAAGCAACCUCAAACCCUGGAUGGAAACAUUGUCCCUGUUCUGCAUCAACCACAUUCGAGCUGUAUGCAGUGCUUCAGUGUAAGUGAGACCAAUGGCGUGUCACAGUCCAUUAUCCAACCUUAUCCACUCUCUACAUCUCCAGCAAACUCUGUUAAAGGCACAUUAAAUAUGUCAACAAAGGCAUGUAUAUCAGACAUAGUGCUAAACUAUUCAGACCCAGUAUCACUGGUAAGGACAAGGUUACCAUAUUCUCAAAGAGAUUCUGUUGGUGUUCCACUAAUUGUGGAAACACAACCCUUCCAGGAGCAGCCUAAAAGGCAAAAAACAUGGGUAGGAUCACAAGAACAGAUGCAACAAGGAUUAGUGCAUAGUAUAUGUAGAGAAAUAGAUCAAAGAGCAUCAGCACCUGCCAACUCCAUCAAAAGCUUCCUAGAUAUGUCUUCGAAAUCACAGCAGAAACAAUCUCAAACAGCUCCUGAUACCUGCUCAACUGGAACUGUGCCAUUUGUCAGAAACACAGCAACUAUAACAAGGAAUGGUUCUGUUGGUGUACCACUCAUAGUGGAGCAGUCUGAACAUCAACAAGUGAUGCAUGCCUUGAGUGGAGUCAACACAACUGAGACACUGCAAAGCCAGAUAUAUACCUACCACAGUAAUGAGGUCUUUUCUAGUUCAAUGACCACCAAUAAGGAAACACACCAACAAAACGAGCCAGUGAACUUCUCUGAAAAAGAUAGUGUAAAUACAACUAACAUUUCAAGUAAUCACACUGAACCAGAGGAUGGACAGCCCAUGGAUUUCACUAAUAGCAAAGCAAAUAAAGAAAUGUUUGAAAGAAGGCAGACUGGAAGGCAAUUGAAAAAGAAAACAAUACUGGGUAUUGUUGACCUAACUGUGGAUCCUCAAACCACAAUUAUUGGUCUUCAAGAUGCAAAGGAUCUUUCUUUUCCUUAUGCGUCUUCUCUCUCUCAGAGUAGUCUAUACGAUGAGCAGCAAUACAAACCUCCACCCACUUCUAAGAAGGUCAGAGAAGAUACAUCAAUUUGUCAAACUCAGAAGUCAAUACAACAUAUGGAAUAUUCCAAUGAUAAACAUGCCACCACCCAACCUGAAAUACAUUGCAGAAGGCUGUCAGGAAUAGGAUUAAACUCUGCCCCAAUGAAUACUUCAGUUUCCUCUUUGAUGCCUAUUCAAAGGAAGAUGCAGCCUCCUCAGAAUGUAGCUCCCCAGGCUAUGCAAGACUAUGCAUAUGCUACAUUCUCACUAAACAGUCCAUAUCAACAAAAUAAAUCCGAGAAUCCUGAUCAAUUACCUUCAAACAUAUCUCAGCUGCAAACGCAACAUCCAGUCCCACAACAGCAAUACCAGCAACUUGGUAUGGAAAUUGGUUGGACUUCAUCCAUUGCUAGAUCUCUGCCAAAAGCUCCAAAGUUGCAAAGACAAGAUAUUGUUCAGCAUGACAUGACCUUUAGGCCCAAAAUCCUUAUCAAGCAGCCAACUGUGGACAGCUAUGGGAGCAUAGAGGAAAGCACAUCAUAUAGUGGAACAAUGACAAAUAAUGGACAGGCAUUGCCUCCUUUGUCCAACCCGCAACUCUACUGUAUAUCCCAAACUGUUCCUACCCCACAGUGUUUGUCUGCUUCAAUUAUUCAGAAAGCAGAUGGUAGACACAUAACUGAUCCUUCUUUACAGUCUUUUGAUGUACAGCCAGUGCAGAGCAGUGCAACUACAAAUUAUUAUGCAAAAGAACCUCUUCAACUCACAAAACAACCUGAUCCAAGCCAAUGCCAUAUCACUGUACCACAAUAUCAUACACCAACUGUACUCACAAGUACUGGGGCUCCAAUUCAACAUGUAUCAGAGAUUAGUGCGCUUAUAUCCCCACCCCCUACAAAACAUGGCCCAAUGCCUGUAACACAAGUAAAGAGUAGUCAUCUAAACCAGGGCUUUGGAGCUGAAAUGCAAGGAGCAGAGGUAUCUCCAACACCAGCAGAACCCACCUCUCUUAGGGGUUUGAUUUCAUUUUAUAGUGGUUUAGGUUCACAACCCUCUGUUAGCACAAAACCAAAAGAACUAUCUGCCUUCUUACCAUCUGAAUUAUCCAACAAUCAAUCUGCAGCCCCGCAGACAAAGUUGGAUCCAGCCCCCUCACUAAUUAUUGGAUCACAAUACAAAGGAAAAGGUUUAAUGUUACGUGGUGUGAGCCCUCAAACAUCCACAAUGAUAUCACCUGUGGCCUCUUCCUCCAGCGAGCCACCAGUGCGUGAUUUUAAGUCUAUUUCUCAAGACUGUCAGCAACCACAGGCAACACUUAAUGCAAGCCCAGUAAGAGAAACACCAGGGAAAGAAUUGCCCCCUCCUGAAUCUUCACCAGAAAAACCACCAGAUACCAUGACAUCCAAAAGAAUUUUAAGUAAAGCCAGUUCAGUAGAACUUUCAGAAACAUUGUCAAAGGUUACAUCUAAAGUGAAUACCGAAGGGGUCAUCACAGAUAACAUAGCUUUAUCUGAAUCAGGCAUGUCACAGCAGCAAAGUUCAGAAGAAAUCAAACAAACUAUAUCCUCAGAAUCUGACAAUGUCAACACUGGAUAUAGUGAGGUCUCUACUGUAUCUAACAUUUCACAGGAGAAAAUCAGCCAUCCAAGGUCAAUCUACAUUGGCAUUAAUAACUCAAAAGUACCUCCUGUUGAUACAGAAAUUUACCCAAGUGAGCCAAAGCCUUAUGUUAGACUACCCCAUAUUUUUGUAUCAGCAGCAAGUUCACCAGAAGAUGAAACAAUUGAACAGGAGCUCAAUGAACCUAGCAAGCCUCAACUGCCAGAAGUGAGUGCUUCUGAAGACAACACUCUCAUUGCAGUAACACUACCAGCCUGUAAGGAUUCUUUACCUGCUGAUAUUGUUUCACAGUCUGAUAUACCUGAGGAUACACUGACUAGAGCAGAUUUUACCCGUGCAGAUGAACAUGACUCACAGCACAACCUGACCAAGAAAAGCUCAAACAUAGAAGCUACCAUCUCAGAAGCUGAAGUAAAAGCAGAGACGACUGAGACUUUUGAGUCUUCUAAGGAUGUAAAAUCAACAGCUCCGGACAUAACAUCACUUGAAGUAGUUAAACCUCUCGAAAACACAAUAUUAUAA